AUGGUUGACUUCGUGAGGGUGAUUCUUCGUUUAGCUUAUUGGUAUGGCCUUGCGGUGGGAGUGCUCAACUUUGAUGUGAAUUGGUCGACGGGAAAGGCCUGUGCCUCUCGACGAGUCACAAUAUAUGCGGUGGCCCACAAUUUGGUUCUAAUGACUCUGAUAUGUUUGCGCAGUUUCACCAAUAAGUCCCUUUUAUCGGACCUAACCAAAGCUCGAUACCUGCAUGAGUACUUCUUUUUGCUAAUGACGCUAGUACGGAAUAUGGCAGUUACGAUCUCUCUGAUCACCAGAUGGUACAAGCGUUGCAGGAUGCUUAGACUGUGGAAUAAAAUAUUUCAAAUGGUCGCCGAAAGACCCCAGGUGGUACAUGAGUACCGUCGCAGCAUUAUUUUAAAAUUUGUGAUUGUUGUUCUAUCGGACUCUUUCCACAUCGUAUUGGAUCUAAGUGCUCAACGAAAAAAAUAUAAUUUCGACUUAGCUGUCAAUAUAUUUAUAUGGACCACAUUUACCACCAUAUUCAAUAUGAUCGUAGUUCAGUAUUAUUUUGCCGUACUGCAAAUUCUUGGGCUCUAUAAAAUUCUUCAACAAGAUCUUCGCAUCUUAAUUCGUGAAGCUGAAACAAUUUGCUCAAUUCGCAAUCGACGAGGAGGAGUUUUUUCUAUAAAAUGUUGCUCCUUGGCAGAUCAGCUCGACCAUUUAGCUGAGAGAUAUUUUACUCUGCAGGAUACAAUAAGCGAAAUGUCGGAGGUUUUUCAAAUACAAAGCCUUAGCAUGAGCUUGGUUUACUAUUUAUCCACCAUGGGCUCGAUAUACUUUACUUUCUGUUCGAUUUUGUACAACACAACUGGAUUUGGUUCUUCAUUUUGGGGACUUCUGCUGAUUUUUUUGUCUACAACAUUCUUCUAUGCGGAUAAUUGGAUAUCCAUAAAUAUUGGAUUUCAUAUUCGCGAUCAGCAAGAUGAGUUAAUCCGAUUAUUGGCGGAUCGGACUUUAUUCAGCCAGGAAUUGGAUAAACGACUGGAGACAGCUUUCGAAAACUUUCAGCUGCAGUUGGUCCGGGACCCCUAUGAAUUCUAUGUCCUGGGUCUUUUUAAAGUGGAACGAGCACAAUUGAUGGCCAUGCUCAACUCAGUUAUUACUCAUUCCAUUAUUCUAGUGCAAUGGGAACUACAAAACAAUCGAUCUGAAUUAUAA